AUGGCACCCAACGACCGCAUCGCUCAAGUCGCCUCCCACCUCAACUACCCUCGUGGUCUUCUUGCUGGCCAAGUUGCCAUCGUGACUGGAGCAGGCCAAGGCAUUGGAGCAGAAACCGCACGCCUGUUUGCCAACGAGGGAGCCAAAGUCGUCGUAUCAGACAUUGAUGGCGAGAAGGCAUCUGCUGUAGCCAACUCUAUCAACAGCAAUGGAGGCAAGGCAUUGGCCGUGCCUGGCGAUAUGCUAGACGAUGCCUACCUCAAGACUCUCGUUGAAAAGACCGCCGAGUUUGGCGAGGGCAAGAUUCACAUCAUUGUCAACAAUGCAGGUUUCACAUGGGACGGUGUCAUCCACAAGACAACAGACAAACAAUGGGACACCAUCAUGUCCCUCCACGUCUCCGCCCCCUUCAAGCUCAUCCGCAACGCCGCUCCUUACUUCCGCGUCAAAGACAAGGCCCCCAGAAACAUCAUCAACAUCUCCUCAACCUCAGGCUUGCACGGCAACGCAGGCCAAGCAAACUAUGCAGCCGCAAAAGCCGCAGUCACCGGCCUUACAAAGACAAUCGCCAAAGAGUGGGGUCCAGCAUUCGGUGUGCGCUGCAACACUGUAGCAUUCGGUUUCAUUGCUACCAGACUUACUGCUGCAAAGGAAGAAGGUGCCUUUGUGACAACGCCUGAUGGUGAAAAGGUCGCUUUGGGAAUCCCCGGUGCGCAGAAGAAGGGUAGAGAAGAAGGUGCUGGUGCUUACAAGGACAUUCCUCUGGGAAGACCUGGUACUGCUACCGAGGCUGCUGGUGCCAUUCUCGGAGUUGUCAGUCCUUACUUUUCGUACGUCAGUGGACAGACCAUCAGUGUCACUGGCGGCCGCAACAUCUAA